GCCGCAGCCGUCUGCGGAAGGACAACAGAAAACAUGGCCGCGUCGCAGUGCUGAGCGCGAUUACGGGGCCCUGAAUCCUGCAUCGUAUCAGCGAGAGCGCGGUGCUGACGUGUGGGCAGGCGACGCGAGCGAGUCGAGUGUGUGAUUUUCGCCGACACUUUGGGCCGAGGUCAGCGGUCAGUGCGGCAGCGAUGGGCUUGGACAGCAUGCGAGGAACACACGGUCGGUGCCCCCCGCUGCUGGUCGGCGGCCUGCUGGUCGUCGCCUUCAUCAUGACCUGCAACUGGUGGUCAUCGUCGACGCAGAACAUGGAGCUGCUGAAGCAACUGGACGAGCUGGCCGAGCAGCUGCGCCGCUGCAACAACGACAAGGACCAGAGCAUGCAGCUACGCUUGUCAGUCGAGGGCCGGCUCAAGAGCACCGAGGAGGAGCUGGCCCAGCUUCGCGUCCGCCUCGAGCAGCAGGACAUCAACGCCGAUGACACGCGCAAGAGCCUGCAGGACAAGGACGCAGAGAUCGGCACCCUCAAGACCGCCGCUGAAGCCGCCAAGAAUGCUGCCAAACUCUGCACUACCGAGCUGGAAUCGCUGAAAAAAGUGAGUCAGUCGCAGGAGGAGGUGAUCAAGAGCCUGAAGAUAGAGAAGGACGAGCUGGCCAAACAGAAGGAGGAGAGGCGCAAAGACGCGGAAAAACUUAAGACUGAUCUGGAAAAGGUGACAUCUGAACUGAACAAUCUGAAGGCGAGUCAGCCAGCGCCAGGCACGCCAAACGUGGCAGCAAAAGUGGCUCCGGCGUCAGCGGUUAACACAAAAUCCAAGGCUGCUGAUCUGAACGCAGACGAAAAGGAUGAGGACAAUGCCAAAGAGAGAGAAGAUCCCAUUAACAAUAACGAGGCGGUGGAUGCAGCAGCAGCGGACGAUGAGCGUUUCGACAACAAGAAUACUAAUGACGAGGCGGACAACAACAAUUUGCCAGACGCGAAUCCGGCCGAGGACAGCGUGGACCAAAUGGCGCAAGCCAUCCAACAGGACAACAACAACGGAGGCGGUGUGGCGCCCGCGCCGCCGGCCAAACCCUAGAGACGCUCUCCUCCAACUUAAGUGCGAAUUUUUAGCGAGAGGGCUUUCAUAUCCGUCUGCCGCCGUCGCGUUUUAACUUAUUGUAUUUUUUGUCUCACUCUGCUGCGUUGCCAUUUUUGAAACACGUCGUAUUGCGUUGCUUUUGUUCAAGAAUCGAUGCAUUUUCCAGACACCUCCUGCGUGUGAUGUUGUGCUAUUCAAACUUGUCUAAGAACUCGAGAGCAUUUUGAAAGGAGCUUUCCAAUUACGUUUAAGCGAGAAGGAAAAAGAAACGACUGCUUUGAUCUGAUUUAGAGGCGGUUGCAUUCGUAUGUGUUAUAUUUAUAUCACUUUACAAGUGAAAUCUUGUUGUAAGGUACAUAGAUUGAAUUUUUAAAGAAUUAUUAUGUAUUUCUAUGCACAAGUUCAAAUUGUAGCUGUAAUCGUGUUGGUUGAAAUAAGUCUUCUCAGGUUUACAUGGGAAACGUUAUUUGCUUUUUUAUAUUAUAUUUUGGAAAUCCUUCCUACUUUGUUCCAUUUUUACAAAAUAAUAAUUAUGGAAUUUGAUGCAAUAAAAACAUUUAAUUUAAAACUAUA